AAUCGAAUCCUUCCGGCAUUUUCCUUUUGAACUUUUUUUCCCAGGGUCAAAACCGACUUUCCCUUUCUCUACCAUGUCGACGAAAGACGAUGGCGCUGCUGCAACAACGAGGGGCCCCCGCCAAGAAUGCUGCACAGCUUCGCCGACUACGAUGGCCCGCGUUACCCUUUAAGCGCAUCUUUUGUUCUUCUUUUUCUCCUCUCCUACUUUUCUCCGGCGGAGAUCGAGACGGGGAGACCCGUUCUUGAUCCGAUGCGCUGUCCGAAAGAGAGGAAGGGAUGUUCGGAUGCAAGUGCCUGUCUUGGAACGGGAUCGCCGGUCGUUCCCAUCCUCAGCCCGAGCCAUUCUCUCUGCCUGCUCCGAUCCCCCAAUGGCCGCCGGGGCAAGGAUUUGCCAGUGGAAGGAUAAAUCUUGGGGAAAUUGAAGUCUGUAAAGUCAACAGGUUUGAAUAUAUCUGGGGUUGGAAUCUGUCAAGGGAUGAGAGAAAAGGUGUCAGUUUCUAUAGGCCUGCGGCAAUACCUGAUGGAUUUUUUUGUCUGGGGCACUAUUGCCAAUCAAAUGAUCGACCUUUGCGAGGUUUUGUACUGGUGGCAAGGGAAGUUAUUUCUUCUGGUAUAGAACCUCCUGAUCAAUGCACAUCUGAUAAAUCACCGGCUCUGGAGGAGCCAGUUGACUACACGCUUGUUUGGAGUUCAGAUGACGGUGGUGAAGAUGGGGUCGAAGGUUGUUUUUUCUGGCUACCUCAGGCGCCUGAGGGGUACAAGCCUAUGGGACUUUUGGUCACUAACCAGCCAGCUAAGCCUGCAUUGGAGGAAGUCAGAGUUGUUCGGUCUGACUUGACCGAUACAUGCGAAAAUCAUCACGUGAUUCUCAGCUUGAUUUCAAAAUAUCCACAACUACCAUUUACAGUAUGUAGCACUAGACCGACUCAUAGGGGAAUGCUGGGUAAAGGUGUCUCAGUUGGGACUUUUUUCUGCAGUAGCUUCUGGAUUUCUGGCGAUGAACAAUGUGUUUCAUGCCUAAAGAACUGCAACCUGUCGCUGAAUGCGAUGCCGAACCUUGAUCAGGUGCACGCAGUCAUUAAUCACUAUGGGCCAACUGUGUUCUUUCACCCAGAUGAGGUGUUCCUGCCAUCUUCUGUUUCAUGGUUCUUUGAAAAUGGAUCGCAAUUAUACAGUAAAGGAAAUCCUGUAGGGGAGCCCAUAGACAUUAGUGGUUCAAACUUACCAAGCGGUGGGAAGAACGAUGGGGAGUAUUGGAUUGAUUUGCCUAGCGAUGGGCGGAAAGAUAGCAUCAAGAAUGGGAACUUGGAUUCGGCUAAACUGUAUGUUCAUGUGAAGCCAGCUUUGGGCAGUACAUUUACGGACAUUGUGAUGUGGAUCUUUUGCCCCUUCAAUGGGCCAGCCACUCUCAAAGUUGGCAUGAGUAUUCCUCUGAGCAUUGGACAGCAUGUAGGCGACUGGGAACAUUUUACUCUCCGGAUAAGCAACUUCACUGGAGAGCUGUGGAGCAUCUACUUCUCACAGCACAGCGGGGGCCAGUGGGUGGAUGCAUGCGAUUUGGAGUUCAUAGAUGGAAACAAAGUGGCAGUUUACUCAUCGAAAAGUGGGCAUGCUAGCUACCCUCAUCCCGGAACCUACAUUCAGGGAUCGAAAAAGCUUGGAAUCGGGAUAAGGAACGAUGCAGCUCGGAGUGAUUUUAAAGUGGACUCAAGCACCAGCUAUGAGUUGGUUGCUGCCGAAUAUCUAGGAGAUGGCGUCGUCGGUGAGCCUUUCUGGUUGCAAUAUAUGAGAAAAUGGGGUCCAACCAUCACCUACGAUUCAAGAACCAAGCUAGACAAGACAAUCAAAUCUUUGCCGGUUAUGCUGGGACACUCGGUGGCAUACAUUUUCGACAAGCUUCCAGCCGAGCUUUCUGGCGAAGAUGGCCCAACAGGGCCAAAGGAAAAGAACAACUGGGUCAGCGACGAAAGAGGCUAGAUGUUGGAAUCUGCAACCCCCCCCCCUAUAUGCAAUUUUUUUCUCAACUGAUGCUGUUUGGGUAGUAAGCAUCCUGAAGGCCAAGCAACAUUUUCAGUGUAAACUAGCUUGGAGAACUGUUGAUUUCACUUGGUUGCAUACAGAUGGAGUCGUUUUAGAUUAUCAAAGUGAGUUAGGAGUUUCAGAAUUCUUUGCAUCGUCUGGAUGGUGCUGUCCAGAGCAGAUCAUUGAUGGAACUUUACGCAUAUUUAUAAGUUAAAAGGUCAAAAAAAUGAAGAAAAGAGAGAGAAUGUAGAG